GGCAACGCUGUCUGCGCACAUGUUUAAAUUCGCGUGUUUUGGUUUUGCUCUUCAUUCCCUGAUACUUCUACGGCAAUUAAAAGAGGGCGGACAAAAAGACAAUUGACUAAAAUCACAAUAUUUAGUUGGCCGGUUAGCGAGAAGAUGGAGGUAAACGCUAGCCAGGUACGGUUUGGCGUACAGCGAUUGUUAAGGCUAACCGAAAAUGAGACCUCUGACAACGUGUUCGCCGAGAGUCUACAGAAGUUCAUUAAAAAGCAGAAAUAUGUGCCCCAGGAUGUGGAACGCCUAUUUCGGUCGCUCAGCGAGCAACUACCUGUGGCGGACUACACGAUUCCCAUAGCCAUUAGCUUUGAAGAGCACUUGCUUCUACUGCUCUCAAUGGCUCUACGCUGGGACCCUGCAUCUCAAAACUUACAACAGUAUCAAAUGCAAUGUGCAGCCUUAGCCAAGCUUGUGAAUUUCUCCGUGGAUGCCCAGCGAUUUGCCAAGAGCUACUUCCACAAGAAGCCUGCUCCCUUCGAGAAACCUCAAAGCAAUGGCACUGCACCAACAAAGAAGCUACGGAAUGGGGACAGUAGCCGAACACUGGAGGAUUUGGACAUUAUCCGCUGUUGCUACCAGUUGCUUCAAAGCGAUACAGCCUAUUUCCGGGAGUUAUGGGACUGGUCCACUUUCAUAUCCACCUCUGCCAACUCAACUCCUAAAUGUCCAUUGUCACAGCUGUAUUCCAACCACAUCAUGGCGAUGCUUACCAACAUGAGCGCCCCACAGCUCAGUGCCUUAAACGCGAAAGUACCUACACAAACUCUGCUGGAUUUCGAUCGUGAACGCGUCCAGGCAUGGAAUGAGCCCCAUUUGACCUAUAACCCGGAUGUCUCCGAUCAAGUACUGACCCUGCAGUUAACGGGCCUCAAUCAGGCUGUGACCAACAUCGAUGGCGUUUUGCUGCCAACUUUUAACAAGGAGAAUCAGGAAUUCUAUGCCAGUACAGAUGGCUGCUACGACCGCAUUGUGAAGGUAGACUCCACUGUGGUGAAUCUGAAAAGCAUUGCCUUGGGUGUGGCUGCCGCCAAACCCAUUUGCCUAUCCGGACCGGUGGGAUGUGGGAAAACGACACUGAUAGAGUACUUGGCGCGCAAAACUGGACGCAUCUGUCCGAAGCCAAAGGAAGUGGAGAACAGGCAAAAGGCACUGAAACAGGCUGAGGAGGAGGAGCAGCUGUUGACACUCAAGACCAAGCCAAAGAAGAAACCAAAACAGACCGGCGAAAAGCGAAAGCUGGACGAUGUGCCAAUCGAAGAACUGCUUGAUCUAAGCGAGACGACUCAAAAGAAUGGUUUCCUGCGGAUUCAGUUGGGAGAUCAGACGGAUAGCAAGAUGCUGCUGGGACAGUAUCGCUGUACGGAUGUGCCCGGCGAAUUCGUGUGGCUGCCAGGAGUGUUGACUCAGGCCGUCAUGAAUGGUUACUGGCUGUUGCUCGAGGACCUGGAUGCAGCCACUCAGGACACCUACACUAUACUAAGUAGUCUGUUGGAGCGGCAAAGUCUAAGUGUUCCCGGUUUCCGAGACUCUGUGAAGAUCGAGCCAGGGUUCCAGUUGUUCGUCACCGUGAGAACCAACAAGUCUGCCAGCAAUUCCAGCCAGAAAUCGCUCUACUCCCUACUCGACAAGUAUUUGUACACCAUCAACAUACUGCCUCUGUCUCGCAAUGAACUCUGUAAAGUGGUCAGUACCAACUAUCCCAAGCUGGCGACUGUGGCCAACAGAGUGGUGGACGUCUUCCUUACCUUCUCCAGUGGCGAUCACUCAUCGGCUGAUAAUUUGAGGCAACAGGAAUCUGGGGAUAAGGCGGACAACACGGAGAACUAUGUGGCCCUGCCGUUCGAGCAGGUUACCCUAACGUCCAGUCCCAAUUCAGGACGGUUGGUGUCCACCCGUGACCUUGUGAAGCUGUGCCAGCGUUCCAACGCCCAGUUCUCGGUGACCAGCGCAGAGUGCGCGUAUUUUGUAUUCCAAAACGCAGUGGAUGUGUUCUGUUCGUAUCUGCCUCACAGCAAGGAGAAGAUCACACUAAUCACAAGCAUCGGGGCCAAGUUGGGCAUCAUUCGCUCGAGAUGCGAGCAUUUCGCGAAUGAACAUAAGCCAGAUGUGGAGUUCGGCCUGGAGCACAUUAAAAUAGGAAGAGCCAAGCUGCUGGCCAAGUCGGAUCUGGAGGAUACUGAAAAUAGAGAGACGACGGAGCAGGACGUCAAGCGCCAAAAGCUGACCCAGCAAACGAAACGAGCUAUCGGCAAGAUUGGAACCAAGAAGUCCACCUUCUCGUUUACGCGACUGGCCAGCUGCAUCCUGGAGCGGAUUGCCGUGUGCGUGAGCCACUCCGAGCCCGUGCUUCUUGUUGGCGAGACCGGCGUGGGUAAGACCUCAUCCGUGCAGUAUCUGGCAGAGCGGACAGAGCACAAACUGGUGGUGGUGAACAUGAACAACCAGUCGGAUGUCUCCGAUUUGGUCGGCGGCUUCAAGCCUGUCGAACUGAACUAUGUACUUGCCCCUUUGCGAUUCGAGUUCGAGCACCUGCUGUGCGAGACCUUCAAUGCCGAGAAGAACAUGCAGUUCCUGCGCAUCUUCGCCUCCCACUACAACAGUGGCCGCCACUCUGUAAUUAUUCGGAUGAUGAUUAAAAUAUGCCUCCAGGUGGCCAACAAUCCUGAUCUGAAGCGCAAUCACCUACUGCCCCGCUGGCAGUCCUUGGGUGACAAGCUGCAGAAGCUGCAAGUGCAGCUGGACAAGAGCAUCAACAUCUCGUUUGCCUUCAUCCCAGGAUCUCUGGUGAACUGCAUCAGCAACGGGGAUUGGGUUCUGCUCGACGAGAUUAAUCUGGCCUCUGCCGAAACCCUAGAGUGUCUGUCCACCAUUUUGGAGCCCGAGGGAUCCGUCGUACUGCUGGAGAGAGGUGACUUUACGCCCGUUAAACGCCAUCCAGAUUUUCGGAUCUUCGCUUGCAUGAAUCCCAACACGGACAUUGGCAAGAAGGAUCUGCCAGUGGGCAUUCGCAACCGCUUCACGGAGUUCUUUGUGGACGAGCUGACAACCGAUGCGGAUCUGAGUCUCCUGGUGAGUGACUACCUGGCCAACACUGGCAUCCAGCGCAAGUCCGUUCACAGCAUAGUCCAGUUGUACAAAUCCCUGCGGCGUCUGUCUGAGCUCCAGCUUAACGAUGGCCUGGGCAAUCGUCCGGUCUACUCCCUUCGUACUCUAUGUCGCAGCUUGCGCAUCUGUGCCCGGAACUUGUGCGGCUCCAUUGAGAGGAAUCUGUACGAGAGUUUUUGCCUGAGUUUCCUCACCCAGUUGGAUCCAGAGUCGCAUCAUGUGGUCCUGCUACUCAUCCAGAACGCUCUGCUUACGAAUGCCAAGGCCGUUCUUAGUAAACAACUGCCCCAGCUUGGCGACAACUAUUUAGAAUUCGAGGGCUACUGGAUACAGCAGGGCAACCUGGAACCGCAAGCCUGCUCCCACUACAUCCUAACGGACAGUGUGAAGAAGAAUCUAAAGGACCUGGCCCGCAUCAUAUCGAUUGGCAAGCUGCCCAUCCUUCUGCAGGGACCCACCAGUGCCGGCAAGACCAGCUUGAUUGACUUUGUGGCCCGGAGAAGUGGCAAUCGCUGCCUGAGGAUCAACAAUCACGAGCACACGGAUCUGCAGGAGUACAUUGGCACCUAUGCGGCGGAUCUGGAUGGAAAACUGACGUUCCGGGAGGGGGUAUUGGUGCAGGCAAUGCGUCAUGGAUUCUGGAUCAUAUUGGACGAGCUGAAUCUCGCGUCUACGGACAUUCUGGAGGCCCUUAACCGCGUGCUGGAUGACAACAGGGAGCUGUAUAUAGCGGAAACCCAAACGCUGGUCAAGGCUCAUCCGAAUUUCAUGCUCUUCGCGACCCAGAAUCCUCCUGGACUCUAUGGCGGAAGGAAGACCUUAUCGCGGGCCUUCAAGAAUCGGUUCAUAGAGCUUCACUUUGCCGAUAUACCGCGGGGGGAAUUGGAGAUUAUCCUGGAGAAGCGUUGCCUGAUCCCGCCCUCGUACUCCCGCAAAAUGGUCCAGUGCAUGGCGCAGCUCCAGCAACAUCGGCAGAACACCGCCAAACAGGUCUUCACCCUGCGAGAUCUCUUCCGUUGGGGUAACCGCUAUACCCAUGCAGACAAGUCCCUGCACGGAGAUCCUAAAUACGACUGGAACCAGCAUCUGGUGGAGGAGGGCUAUCUGGUCCUGUCGUCCAAAGUUCGCUCCCAGGAGGAGCACGAACUCAUUGAGAAAACUCUGCACGGGAACUUCCGCAAGAAGGUGGACCUGCAGCUGCUGUUCGACGUCCAAACCGAACGGGAGAGCUCCUCCAUGGUGAGCAGGAAGAUCUUGGACGCCAUAAGAAACUUCAAGCUGCGGGCUGAUAUUGUUUGGACGAGGAACAUGACCCGCAUGGCCGUCCUGACGGCCAAGGCUUUGGAAUUCGAUGAACCCGUCCUGCUGGUCGGACCAACGGGCUGCGGAAAGACCACUGUGUGCCAGCUGUUGGCCAGCAUUGCGGACGUUCGCCUGCGAAUCCUCAAUUGCCACAUGCACACCGAGGGAGCCGACUUCCUGGGCGGUCUACGUCCCUGUCGCGGCCAGGACUCCACGCAGCUGUUCGAGUGGGCCGACGGUCCCUUGAUAUACGCCAUGCAGGAAGGCUCUUACUUCAUGGCCGAUGAGAUAUCCCUGGCCGAGGACUCUGUGCUGGAGCGGCUGAACUGCGUUCUGGAGCCCGAGCGUACAGUGCUGCUGGCGGAGAAGGGCGGAGUGGCCGAAGUGGAUGUGAAUCCAGACUUUGUGGUGCAGGCGAAGCCCGGCUUCCAGUUUCUGGCCACGAUGAAUCCCGGAGGAGAUUUCGGCAAAAAGGAGCUCUCGCCGGCUCUCCGAAAUCGUUUCACUGAAAUCUGGUGCUUGCCUUCGGACAACAAGGAGGAUCUGGUUGAGAUUGCCUACAACUGCAUGAGUCGACCGGAUGACAAGGGCAUUCAAGGAAUCGAUACCCACAAGGUAGCCCAGUUCCUGGUGGAGAUUGUCCUGUUUAUUCGAGAUUCGAACGAAAAGUUCAAGUUCUCUGUUCGGGACAUCCUGGCCUGGGCCAAUUACAUGGUCAGCAACGGGAAGCUGAGCUUUGCCGAGCAGGCCAUCUUUGGAUUGGAAACCAUUUUCCUGGAUGCCCUGGAAAUGCUGCCACACGAAUCUCAGGAGCAGGUGGAGAAACUCAAGCGUCGUGUAACCCAAGAAGCCGUCAAACAGGCGGCUUUAAUUCUGAAUGAGAAGUUCUCCUUGGAUGAAGUCAUCCAAAAGCGAGGCCAUGAGGUCCAGUUCGAGGUGGAGAGAUUCGGUAUUCAUCCGUUUUUCAUUGAAGUGAACCAGGAUCCGUUGAUUACGGCUAAGAGGGACUUCUUCUUUGAUGCGCCAACCACCAAACAGAAUCUGUUCCGGCUGCUCUCGGCGCUGUCGCUCCAGAAACCAGUACUCCUCGAAGGUCCUCCUGGUGUGGGAAAAACCUCCAUUGUCGAGAGUAUAGCGGCAGCCAUUGGCUACCAGAUAGUUCGCAUCAAUCUCUGCGAGCACACCGACCUGGCGGAUCUCUUCGGUACAGACUUGCCGGCGGAGGAUAACUUGCUCGAAUCGAAGGGAGAGUCAUCUGGUCGCCAGAUGGGCAGCUUCGUGUGGCGCGAUGGUCCAUUGCUGGCGGCUCUGAAAGCCAAAAAUACGUGGAUUCUGCUCGACGAACUGAAUCUGGCUCCUCAGUCCGUUCUGGAGGGUCUCAAUGCCGUGCUGGAUCACCGUGGCGAGGUCUACAUUCCAGAGUUGAACAAGAGCUUCCACUUGGCGGGCAGCACGCGCAUCUUUGCCUGCCAGAAUCCUCUGAAGCAGGGCGGCGGCCGCAAGGGAUUGCCUCAGUCCUUCCUGAAUCGGUUUACGAAAGUGUAUCUCCGGAAGCUUUCCACAGAGGAUCUGCUCCACGUCGUAAACAUAAAAUACGGAAAGUACUUCGAGGAACUGAAGGGACAUUUCCUCAAGCUUGUGGAUGGGAACGCGCAAGGGAAUCUGUUCGAUAUCUUCGAGAAAAAGGAAUCAAUUGACGCCCCAAAUACCUUCGACUUGGCGGAUCGAUUGGUGCGGUUCUCAGAGCAACUGGAUCGCGGUGUAGCAUCAAUGGAGUUUGGCUACAAAGGUGGACCCUAUGAGUUCAACUUGCGUGACAUUCUCCGGUGGUGUGAUCUGCUGCACAAUCCCCAGACUGGGUACAUCAUGGAGGGGACUGCCUCCUGUUUCCAGACAGCUUUCCGUUCCUUCCUGCUGACCCUCUACGAGAGAAUGCAACUGGUCUACUACCAGAGGAUGCGCUGCGACCAGGACAAGCUCUACAUAAGGAACGCCUUCUCUUCAACUUUCAAAUGCAAUGCGGAGGAACUGAAUUCCAUUUCAGAGGAUGUUUCUCUCUACUGGACAGCCGACAAGGUGUACUUCAACGAUGUGGUGCUCGAGCGAGAGCAGAGAAAAGUCCUGGACCUGGCCACCAGGCAGGAGGAGGGCCCUCUGCUGCUGGACAGCCAGCGUCAGCUUCUGAAGCAAAUAGUCGAGACUGUGCACAUGGAGAAGCCUCUGCUGCUCUGCGGAUCCACGGACAGUGGCAAGACCAAGCUGAUAGAUGCCCUGUGUAUGCUGUCCAACCGGCUCUGCAAUACGGACAUCAUAGAUGACUCUGUUACUGGUAGCUUCCAGCAGAUCGACUUGAACCGCCACCUGGAGGUGAUUUACAGGAAGGUGGAGAUCCUAGUCUUUGCCAGCGUCCAGCGGGCUUAUGUGCAACAUAUCCAUCCAGAAUUUGCAGAGAAGUUGUGGAGCUACUGGAGCAGAUACAAUGGCUUGGCUAAGAUUACAGCAGAAUCGAAGCAACAUAGUGUUGCCGAUGAGUUGAAGGUGUUCAGUGACCGGUUGGCAGCUCUUGGCCGGAUCAUCAAGCAGUUGGAGCAAACCCCAAAAGCCUGCUUGGUGGAGUCUUUCAGGGAUCUGGAGGAGACCAAGAAGCAACUGCUGGUUCUGCAGGCAUACAUUAAAAAGGCCGAUUCCCUGAACACGGGUGGAUCUUUUGAAUGGGUGGACUCCCGCAUAGUGACCUCCCUGAAGUGCGGACAGUUUAUUCUGCUGGAGCACGUGAAUCUGUGCUCCUCGGCCGUUCUGGACCGCCUGAAUCCAGUCUUCGAACCGAAUGGAAGCUUGCUGAUUGCUGAGAAGGGAAUAAGUGCCCAAGAUAGUGCCGAGUUGGUGAGAAAGUCGCCCAACUUCCGUGCCUUCUUGACGGUGGACCCCAAGAACGGUGAACUGUCGCGGGCUAUGCGCAACCGUUGUGUGGAGUUAUCCCUUGCCAAGGAUACCUAUUCGAUCGAUGACAUGCGGGCCUUUGUCCACGAGCAGGGAGUGCACCAAACGGAGGCAAUCAAUUGCAUUCUGCACAUCCACCAGAGCAUCUGCCAGCUGACGGAGUUCAACAGCUACUCCAUAUCCCAUCUAACGCAAUUCGCUUUCCUGAGCGCCGCCUACAAACGGAUUGGCUACCAACUGAAACGGGCCAUUUAUGUGGCCGCCAUGGAGGUGUAUGUGUACUCCGCCAGCACUGACUUGAUGGGCUACGGAUUGUCCUACUACCAGAAUAAACUACGAGAAGUAGUUCUCGCCCAGACUGAGUUAUUCGAAGAGGUUUCUUCAGAGCAAGAUGACCUUUUAGGCGAUGUCAUACUCAAUUCUGGAAACCUCAACGAUUUGACGUUGAUCAAGCUGCAAUCGGUUGCCCUGAAGGUCCUUCUCAGAAACUCCGAGUCGGAGGAAAUUCCCCAAAAAGAGCUGGCAUCCAUUUUCCACAAGAUGGGGGACCUGAAACUGGAUCAUCUGAAUGUCCAGCAACUGUUGCGCUACUUCCUUUACAUAUUGUACGAGUCGUCGGCUUUUGGAGACUUGGAACUGAGGCAUCUCUACCUGAACUCUUCGCUGGAUGAGAACCCUUUAUUGCAGGAACUAUCCCUGAAGCUUUUCUCCUGUCUGAACAAAAAAAGUAAAGUUGUAAAGGCAUCUCUGGGCCACCUUCCCUGGAAUCGCAGCCUCUUCCCCAGACUUCGAGAUUAUUCCACGAAGGAAGAAGUGGCUGGACUAAAGGUCCUUAAUCUCAGUGCCUUGCUUUUAUCCCGGUUGCUGGUUGCUAAAAUACCGAAUGAUUCGGGAAGCGGAGUACAAGCGAUGAGUGCUCUUCAAUACUCCCAAGCUCUUAGGAACCAGAAAGUGAGCACAAAGUACUCGAAUGAUUUCCUCAUGAACCUUUCGAGCUUCCUCGAAAGCUUGCACACAUUCUUGCUGGAAAAUCUGGAGGAAAUCAACUUGGAUUUGAAGCAGUAUACCCAGUUGGUGACCCGUUUCUAUUGGUUCAAUCGCCUGCUGGUCACUGCCCAGCAGAAGCUCUUGUACAACAACGAACUGCAUGUGCCGCUGAUGCACAAGCUGGUGCUCCACUUCCAGUGGAUACAAAAGCAUUUGCUGGAACGCCUUCUCACAUCCCCUGCACAGAAUAAGACAGUGUCUCUGUUGCGGGAUAGUUGGUUGAGAAUCACCAGAUACGUUGAGGAAACCAAGCGACCUCUGAACGUGUCCUGCAAAAUAUACUCAAAGCAGUUUACUCAAUUCCAGCCUUUCUAUCAGGAUCAACAGAUUUCAAUCUACACGGAUUUGGAGAAACUGGAAAAGUUGCUAAGUGUGGUUCCCACAUAUGGCAGUUUGGAGCUCAACGCUUGGAUCAAGAGGUGGUUGCUCCUCCAGACGGAUGAGGCUCACAAGUGGCGUUCCUUCUUGCGCCACCACACCCAGGGUUUCCAAUUAAAACCCUUCGAACUGACGGGUCAACUUCAAAAUGAAUCCUUGCACAUCGCCCUGCAAAGACUGCAAACGAAACUAAAGGACCUUCAAGAAACUGGCCCAGAAAACGGCUUGGACAUCAACUUAGAUCUCAAUGGUAUUCAGACCUUAUUGGAAGGCGAAACGGAGAAAGACAGAUCCUAUAUUCAUCCGGAUAGUGUGGCUUCCAAUUCUCCUCCACUUCUGAUUGCCGCCUUGAGAGAAUUCUUCAUGGAGCGACUGCUGACAGGAACUGUUUCUGAGGAGUUCGAUGAGCAGGUUAAUCCCCUGUACACGGAGCAGUUGCUAGCCCUAAACAGUAACCUCUGGCAAUGCCUGAAGACCCUCGAUAGUCCUGAUUACUCUGAGUUUAGCAAGGCUUGGAGUGAGAUGAAAAAGGAGUUGAAAGAGCUGGAAACCCCGCAACACUUUGGAAACUUUUUAGAGAAGAUUAGCAGUAGCUACAAGGGAUUGCGCACCUAUCAGAGGCAGUACCGCAACUCUCUGCAGAGCUAUCAGCUGGAGAACCUCUCUACUCGAUUGGAUUGCGUGCAGGGACCCCAGGAAGAGGACUCCACGGAUAUAACCAGUCGCUACAGCUACCAGGGUCCACCCUUGUCGGGUGUAUUCCUGGCCCUGAUUUGUCAAUCCAAUGGCCAGUUACGAUCGGUGCCUCUCAAUGAGUUGCAGGAAUGGCGGUCCGCUCUGCAGAAAACCAGGAAACUGCUCUGGGAAAACUCACACCUCUUGAACUCCAGAUUCAGCGAAAGGGUCAACAACCUGGCACAGGUCCAGGAAAACACAGGCCAACUGCUGAGGGAGCUGGAAUACGUUGACCAUUUGAGUCGCCAGGAACAGAAACCCAACGAGGGCUUCGAAAACUGUACCAAGGAGUUGGAAGGCAUCGUCGCAAAUCUGAACAAAGGGGAUCUGGACUCUCUAACCACAGCCUUUGAGGUCUCCUUGGCCAGUGCCUUGUUGGGAGCCCUGGAGCUGUGCCUGCUCACCAAUGCUCCACUGAUCGAUCCCGUAGAGAAGAAUCGCCUGAAGAACCUGUACAUCGCAGAGGAUAUUGACUCCCUGAGUACUCUGGGUACUGCCUAUGAUUUUAUGAAGAUCGCCAUGAAGUACCGACACUUUGGAGAGGAAACCUGCAGCGAACUGGAUGCCAGGCUGAAGGAGGCUCAUCAAAAGCAGAAGCAGCUCUCCCAGAAGUUGGCCCUGCGUCCGGAGCAGUGCCUCUAUGCUGCCCUGGUCCAGGAUCUCACUCAUUUCCUGCAGUCCAAUGGCGACUGUGGAGUGCUUCACAAGCUCUUCCUGUUGCUACGCUCCGAAUGGAGCAACUUCCAGGGCGACCAUGCCGUCACAGGUGCUCAGUUGAAGAGCAGCCACGAGGCUAUUGGGAAACUAGAGCUCUGGCUGGCCAAUGCCCAGAGAUUCGUGCAUCACACUCUUUCGCGUUACAGCUCCUACUACCAGGACUUUGUGGCGCCCAUCAAGUGCGCCGUAAACCAGAUGCGAUUCGGCUUGGAGAAGCUCAAGGUGAUCUUUGCCAGAGUCCAGCAGGCAGGCAGCGUUUCCCUGGCGGAGCAAAUUCAGGAAACCAUAGCCGACAUUGUCCAGUUCCCUUCGCAACAGCCGCUCGUAAUCCGCAAUAGCAGGCUGUACGGAUUGCUCUCUGAACUGCCGCACAGUGAACACGACUACUUCCGGCUGCUGAAGGCCAAGCUGAGCGAGCUAAGCAACUACAUAUCCCUGGGGAAGGUGAUUGAUGAGGCAACCUUUGCCGCCUACGAUGACGCCCUGGGUAUCUGCAACCAGACUUGGCAGCAGGAGGAACAGCGCCGCUGCCAACUGAAGGCUGAGGCGGAGAGCUUGUACGUGACCAAGACCAAGGGCGGAGUCGAGAGCGAGGAGCUGCUGGAGCUGCAGGAGAUCGAACAGAACUUCCCCACCAAUCUGGACGAAGACUUUGCCGAGUUCGUGGCCCAGCCCACCUUGGAACAGGUUCUGAAGCUGGACAAGAAGGCCAACGCCAAGGCGAAGCAGGCCCAGAUUGUGAACGAGGAGGACUACGCCUUCCUGGCCCGCAACUUUGUCGAGGUGAUGAGCAACCACACGCCGGUCUUCUACAGAGAAGCGCCGAAGGGGUCGAGGCAGUCGGAACUGCAGUUGCUGUCGCCCUACCAAGCUCGCUUCCAGGUCUUUGCCCACCUGCAUGGCCACUUUAGGAAAGCCCUGGGCGCCAGUCUCGAUGAGAAAGCCUGCAAUGGACUGGCCUUCGGGUUGGCGCUUCAGCAGCGGCAGAUCAAGGACAUCGAGUUGGAGGACGGAGAUCUGGCUGGAGGGCUGUACGAUUUCUACAAAGAUUCCAACAUCAGCGAGAUCCAGAGCUGCCUGGACGUAAUGGUUCGAAUCGAGAAGAGGGUCCAGGAGCAGCUGGAGCUGUAUCCGGAACACGCUGGCCUGGCGGACAUCAAGCUGGUGAUCUCGCGCAUCCGACGCUUGCCAGCCCACGCCUCGGUUGUUCGUUUCAACACGGGCUUCCAGCUCCUGAGGCAGAAGCUGGCUCUCUGGAACGAGGUGGCUCACAGGAACAACAACCUGGUGACGGAGGAAACAGAGGUGGCCGAGUUCGUGCAGCGCUGGACAAGGUUGGAGCUGCAGCACUGGCGCAACUGCCUCGGCCAGACGGCAGCCCAGGUGGAGCUGCAAGCCUAUCGCUACUGGUUCUUCAUCUACAAUCUGCUCCAGCAAUUCCUCCACCAAAAGAAACUGGACCAGUCCUAUACCGACAUCAAGUUUGCCGAGCAGCGCUUCGCCCAGGAACAGCUGCUGGAUGCCCAGGAUCUAGGUGAGGCUCAGCGCCUCGAACUGGCCCAGGUAGUGCGCAUCCUACGCCAGUUUGUGGAAGCUUCGUGCUACGGCGACUUCCACAUCCGCCUCCAGUUGCUGCAGGGCUUCGAGCUGUAUCUGCAUAAUGUGGAACGAGCUGGACGGAUCGAGGGACUGCCUCCGCUCAUCGCGGCACUGCAUAAUCUCCAGCUGUACUUCUCCCAGUUUGCGGGAGAGAUCUCGGACUCGGUGAAGUCCCGCCGAGCGCCCAUCGAGAAGAAGCUGAAGGAGUUUGUGAAGAUCCAGAGCUACAGCAAGGACUUGAGUUACUUCAGCAUGAGGAACAGUGUGGCCUCCGUCCAUCGCAACCUGAACAAGUUCCUGAAGGAGUUCCGCCUGACCCUGCAGGAGAAGAUCAGUGAAGUGUUCCAGCCGAAGGAUGCCACCGCCAAGGACUACACCUUUGGCAGCGACAAGGGAAAGGGCCUGAGGAACUACAACAAGAUCAGGUAUCUGAACCUGGAUCGUCAGCACUUUGUGGCCAGCGAGAAGCUCCUGGAAAAGUAUUCCAUUCCGGCGGAGAUUGCGGCUGACAAUUCGCUGCUCCAGAAACUGGACAAACACUUCCGCACUGCCCGUCACGUGGUGAAGGAGACCUUGUCCCAGGUUCCCUAUGGGGAGCUGAUCUACGAUCUGGACGACCUUCUGGCCAGCCAGCUGGAACGAUGCGAGCACCUCCGAUCGCUUAAUGUGGACCGCACCAAGGAGCGCCCUCAGCAGAAGCAGGAGGCCAAGCAGAUCCUCCAGCAGAAGCGAAAGGCUCUGACGGACCUCUUCAAGAUGCUGCAUCGGCUGGGCGCCAGCUACAAGAGUGGUCUCCUGGAGCUCUCGCUGCGAAACGAGUUCGAGGACUUCCAGCUGCCACCCUACUCGAUUCGAGUCAUGUUGCCCCGCUUGCAUCCAACUGCCCAGCAAAUGGACGACAACCUGGACCUGUACUACAUGAAGAGCGUGUUUAAGCUCAAGCUGCUGCAGAACAUCAUGCUGACCCGACUCUCGGAGCUGGGUCCUCCCAACAUCGAGCGCAUCAAGGGCUUUGCCGUGGAUCUCUUUUUGUUGGUCCAACAGCAGCGGGAGCAGCUCUCUGGAUCCACCAAGGAGCUCUUUGAACUCCGCAACUCCCUGGAGAGUUUGCGGAAACUGGCCGCCAUUGCAUCGCAACCCGAAGCAGAUUCUCUGGCCUUGAGUUUCUCACAAAGCGCCGAUGAGGCAGCCAGUCUGAAGCGCAAUCUCUGCCGGAUUCAUUACGUCCUCAAGCAGUGGCAGCUGCUCCUGAGCUGUGCUCCCAGUUCAUUCUCCGAGAGCAGCGAAAACAGUGUGCUGGUAAGGAGCGUGCCACUUGCCCAAGGUGAACUCCAGGAUCUGAGCAAGCAGAUCCUCAGCAGCAGUCAGAAGCUGCUGAUCGAACUGAACACCACCAACUUGGAGUUCCUUUCCAAUGAUAAGCUGAAAUCCUACAGGGAUGGCUAUCAGCAGAUCCUGGACACCAUUAACAAAGUCCUUCAGUUACUCCGAGCCGGACAGAAAGAUCACUUCCCCCUGGCGCAUCCCCUGCUGGAGCUACUGGACAGCCUGAAGUCUGAAAAGACAGAGGCUAUCAGCCCCGAAGCCACAGAUCUGAGCAAUGCGGAUACGGAGUUGGCCAACAUAGCCCACAGUGUGCUGAUAUCCCUCCAGAAGAUCUACAAACAGCACUCCAAGUCAGAGGAGUCCGAGAAAGAGCCGGAGGAGUCCUCAAAGGAGGCGCUGCGGGAGCAGCACUUGAAAAAGUGUCUCACUGGGGAGCUCACCUCGGAUUGGCAGUUGCUCAGAUUACCCCGUGUCCUCGGCAAGCUGUCCAACGUACUGCUGGUGCUGAAGCACUCCAACUCCAAGGAUCAGGAGAAGCUACUCUGCGUGAAAAGAGCGAUAAGUUUGUUGCCCAUUUUGGAGCAAUACCAACUGCUGGCGGACUACCUUCUGCUCCAACAACUGGCCACCCACAAAGUGUCCGCCAAGAUGCUGUCCAUUGUCCUGACCGUCUUUGUGGAGAUCGGCAGCAAGGGCUUCUGCGUCCCCCCCGAUCUGAUGCAGGACGAAGAGGGUCAGUCCAAGCAGGACUCGAAGAACGGCGAGGGCUUCGGCCUGGAGGAUGGUACUGGGGAGAACGACGCCUCCGACAAGAUCGAGUCCGAGGACCAGCUGGAUGAUGCCAAGAGGCCGGAGGACCGCAAGGACGAGGGUGACAAGCAGGAGCCCGACUGCAAGGAGGAGAAGGGCAUAGAGAUGAGUGAUGACUUUGAUGCCAAAAUGCAGGAUGUUGAAAAGCCCGAGGAGGACGACAGCGGUGAGUCCGACGAGGAGGACGAGGAGGACCUCAACAAGGAGAUGGGCGAGACUGAGGAGGGAGCCGAGAAGUUGGACGAGCAGAUCUGGGGCGAUGAUGAGGAGAAGAAUCCCGAGGACGAGGAGCCAGAGAUGGACGAGGAGGACCAGGGCAAAGGUAGCAAGGACGAGAAGGAUGCACACAACGACCUCGAUACCAAGAACGAUGCUGCCAAGGAGGAUGGCAAGGAUGAGCACGAAAAGGACGGUCUAGAUGCAACAAAUGAGCCAAGCGGCGAGGACAAGCGCAAGGAGCAGGCUAAGGACAUUGACGACAUGAAGGAUCCCGAGAUGGACGAGGAGCAAACCAACGCCAUGCACAAUGAGCUGGAGGAACCCCCCGAGCCGGAGGAAAUGGACUUGGGCGACAUGAACAACGUGGAUGAGGGCCACGAAGAUCCGGAAGAGCACGGCACAGACGAGAAUCCCUUCGACAUUGACGCCAUGAAGGAGAAUAUGCAGCCGGCUGAAGAACCGGAACAGGACGACCCCGAGAAUCCUGCCGAGGAUGAGCAAGGGGAUGCCCAGAGUGAUGGCAGCGACUCCGAGGAGGAAGUCGCCGGCACUGAAAGCAAGCCAGGCCAGGAAGAUGAUGACAAGGGCCAAGAGGAAACUGGCGAAGAAGAAAAGGAGGAACCAGAGACACAGACUCGCGGCGAGGUCGAGGAAGAGCCUCAGCCGGAGGCUGCCCCUGAGGACACCAAAGAGGAUGAAGAGAAACGCGAGGAGAAGCCGGAACAACAUACACAGUCCAAGGACAAGGCCAGCAAGGAGGAGAACGUCCAGUCUGUGCCAGAAACUGACGAGAGUAGUUCAGCAGACCAGGUGCAGCAGCAGCAGGAUCAGGACAUCAAACAGGACCAGAAGAUGGAUGAGCAGGAGACGGGAGAGGAGAAGGAUGGCGUUGGACAAGCCGAGAAUGAUACCAAUGAUGGCGGCCACCAAGGCGUCGCGGAAACCCAGGAGACUGUUUCCCAAGAGGAGCGCAAGAACGAAAGGCAAACGCAGGAGAAGCGCAAACAAGGACAGACGAAUGAGGAGCGAACCUUAGGUGAAGCUGAGAAAAACAAACUGAAGCAACUGAAGACGAUUGACCAACUGAAGGAGUCCAAGGACUCGGAAGAGUCCGAACCCCAGCAGCCAGAGUCCUCGGAACAGGCAGAAGCAGAGGAGUACCAGCACGUGAAGGAGCCAAAGAACAGCGACAAGACCACCCUGGACAACGCCACGGAAGAGCAAUCGAAGAAGGUGCAGCACCAAGAAGACGAACCGGCUAACGAGGAUGAGAACGAGGCUGAAAACCCCGAAGAACUGAUGGAAACUGAGGAGCCAGCCAACAAUCCGGAAGAGGAUGCUCCUCUUGAACAGUUGGGCGCCGAAAAGACAGAGCAGAAGUCCGAAAAACCGUCCAAGACAGAGCAGUCCAAGGAGCGUCUGGAAACACCCGAGGGCAUGGAGAUCGAGGGUGAAGUGGUACCCACCAUGACUGUUCCUCGCAGCGCAGAGACCACGGCACACAGCAACAUUGAACUUCUGCUGGACAAGAGUUCGCACGCGGAGGACUUGACCUCUGCAGAGCAAAUCGAAAUGAGGCAACAGUACCAUCAACAGUUGACCUCUUUCCGGGGGGCCCAACCCCAGCACGAGGACUACGAAAGCUGGCAGAGCAUCUCUAACCGAAUGACGCAGAACGCCCGCGAGCUUUGUGAGCAGCUGCGUUUGAUCCUGGAACCGACGAAGUGCACACGUCUAAAGGGCGACUAUCGCACCGGACGAAGGAUCAACAUGAAGAAGAUCAUUCCAUACAUUGCCUCUCAGUUCCGCAAGGACAAGAUUUGGCUGAGGCGCACCAAGCCGGCGCAGCGUGACUACAAGAUAACCAUCGCCAUUGAUGACUCCAAGUCUAUGCAUCAUAACAACUCCAAGACCCUGACCCUGGAGGCCAUAUCGCUGGUGUCGCAGGCCCUGACGUUGCUGGAAAGUGGUCGUCUAAGCAUUGUGUCCUUCGGCGAGGCGCCACAAAUCGUUUUAAACCACACUGAGCAGUUUGACGGUCCACGUCUGGUCAACGCCUUGAACUUCGACCAGGAGAAGACGAAAAUUGCCGGUCUGCUGGAUUUCAUACGCACAGCCAACACGGAGGAGAGCGGCUUGGGCGGCGAUAAUGGCCUGUUUGAGAAUCUAUUGCUCAUCCUCAGCGACGGAAGAAACAUAUUCAGCGAAGGUGCUCAGAAAGUGAAGAACGCUAUCAAGCUGGCGCGAUUGCAGCGUAUCUUCUUGGUCUAUAUAAUCAUAGACAACCCGGACAAUAAGAACUCCAUUUUGGACAUACAACAUGUGGCGGUGAACGCGGAUGGAUCCGUGAACAUCAGCUCAUACCUGGACAGUUUCCCCUUCCCGUACUAUGUGAUCGUCAGAGACCUGAAUCAGCUGCCUCUGGUUCUCAGCGAGGCCAUGCGGCAGUGGUUUGAACUGGUCAACAGCGAGUAGAUAAUAGUUUGUAAUACCAUUUAUAAUUCAAUUGUAUAGCACUGUCACUAAUAUUAGGUGUAUGUAGAAACCUUUUAGAGAUAAGACGUAUGAAAUGAAAGCAUAUAUUUUUUUAUUUUUUCUGCAAGGACUCUGCAACUUAGACUUAAGCGAAAAUGUUAUAUGAAUUUUCUUUCGUUUCCAUUAAACUGCAUUAAAUCAAUUUAUGUUAGUAAUGAUAGCCUAUUAUUGAUAAA